UAUUAGUUUUAUCAUGGAGUUUCAAUGUCUCUUUCACAACAUGGAGAAUUUUUAAGUCCCAGAAAUUACAUCGUCUUCAAGCUCAAAGCUAACAACGUAAUUUGGUACUACUUGUCGUCACAGGAAAUUGUAAAACCCGGGAAAAAGACAAAGUGAGUUACAAAAAGGGUAACAGAAAGUUUGCGUAUUUUAAGAAAAAACGAAAAAGAAAAGCUCAGCAUUAAUAUCUUGUUAUGAUUCAUAAAGGAAGAGUUAUAAGAGAAAGCUGGCGCGUGGUGGUUUUGUUGGAUGUAUUGAAGGGCAUGUUCAUCAAAAAGCAUUCAUUGAUAUGCAGCUAUGCACAUGCCUCUGUCUCCGCCUCUUCACAUUUAAAGGCUGCUAUUUCCUUUGGUUUAUGCACCAUAGAGGCUUCUGAUCCACCGUGCAGAUCUGCAGUUAAGAGGGUGCUGAAGUUGGUAACUUUGUGAAGAACAUUAAGGAGUGGUUAAGGCAAAAUGGAUCUUGAAUUUGGAAACUGUUGGGGAAACUCAAGGAAGGAUUCUUGGAAGACCAUUCUGCUCUUAGCAUACCAAAGCCUUGGUGUAGUUUAUGGGGACUUGAGUAUUUCUCCUUUGUAUGUUUACACAAGCACAUUUGCAGAAGAUAUUGAGCACUCAGAAACCAAUGAAGAGAUUUUUGGUACCCUUUCUUUUGUGUUCUGGACUCUCACAUUGGUGCCACUAUUCAAAUACGUUUUUGUUGUUCUUAGAGCUGAUGACAAUGGAGAGGGUGGUACAUUUGCUCUAUAUUCAUUGAUUUGUAGGCAUGCUAAGGUUAGUCUUCUUCCGAAUCGACAACAUUCGGAUGAAGCGCUUUCAACGUAUAAGAUGGAGGAGCCUCCUGCUAAGAUGAACUCUAUGGUGAAGCUGCUACUAGAGAAGUAUAAGGCCUUGCAUACAGCUCUGCUAAUUGUGGUUCUUCUUGGAACUUGUAUGGUUAUUGGUGAUGGACUUCUUACCCCUGCCAUUUCAGUUUUCUCAGCAGUAUCUGGUCUUGAAGUAUCUAUGUCCAAGAAACAUCACCAGUAUGCUGUGAUUCCAAUUACUUGCUUCAUACUAGUGUGUUUGUUUGCGCUUCAACAUUACGGCACCCAUCGAGUUGGAUUCCUUUUUGCCCCAAUUGUGCUGGCAUGGCUGCUAUGCAUCAGCACACUUGGUUUAUACAACAUAUUCAAAUGGAAUCCACAUAUAUACAAAGCGCUUUCGCCGUAUUACAUGUUCAAGUUCUUGAAGAAGACCAGGAUAAGUGGAUGGAUGUCUUUAGGUGGAAUAUUACUUUGCAUAACUGGAUCUGAAGCAAUGUUUGCUGAUCUUGGCCACUUCUCAUAUAUGGCCAUUCAGAUUGCAUUCACAUUUCUGGUAUAUCCUGCACUUAUAUUGGCAUAUAUGGGUCAAGCUGCUUACUUGUCCAACCAUCAUCAUCUCCAGAUCAGUUUCUAUGCCUCAGUUCCAGAAAGCGUGAGGUGGCCGGUGAUUAUCCUAGCAAUUCUAGCUUCUGUUGUGGGAAGCCAGGCGAUCAUAAGCGGGACGUUUUCUAUAAUAAACCAGAGCCAAUCUCUGGGUUGCUUCCCGAGAGUUAAGGUUGUUCAUACUUCAGACAAGAUCCAUGGUCAGGUCUACAUCCCUGAGAUCAAUUGGAUACUCAUGAUCCUCUGUAUUGCUGUCACCAUUGGAUUUAGGGACACAAAACACAUGGGAAAUGCAUCAGGAUUAGCAGUGAUGACAGUUAUGCUUGUAACAACAUGCCUUACUUCCUUAGUGAUUAUACUUUGCUGGCACAAACCACCAAUUAUAGCACUUUGUUUCCUGUUGUUUUUUGGAUCCAUUGAGCUGCUGUAUUUCUCAGCUUCACUGAUGAAGUUUUGUGAAGGAGCAUGGUUCCCUAUUCUCCUUGCCCUGUUCCUAAUGAUCAUAAUGUUCCUAUGGCACUAUGCAAGCAUAAAGAAAUAUGAAUAUGAUCUCCACAACAAGGUAUCACUAGAUUGGCUUCUAGCCUUAGGUCCAAGCCUUGGAAUUGCUCGAGUCCCUGGAAUAGGCCUUGUUUUCACUGACCUUACAACUGGCAUACCGGCUAACUUCUCGCGAUUCGUCACGAACCUCCCGGCUUACCACCGCAUACUUGUGUUUGUGUGUGUGAAAUCAGUGCCAGUUCCUCAUGUCCCUGUGGCCGAGAGGUACCUCGUCGGCCGCGUAGGACCUCCUGAACAUAGGUCCUACAGGUGCAUAGUCCGGUAUGGAUACCGUGAUGUCCAUCAAGACAUUGAUUCCUUUGAAUCAGAGCUCGUAGAGAAGCUAUCUGAUUUCAUUCAAUAUGAUUGGUACCGUGCCCGGGCCAGCAACGUGAGCAAUAAUGAAGACGACGGUUCAUGUUCCAAUGAAUCUUCCGGGCACAGGCUAACUGUCAUAGGAACCAUGGGACUCUGCGAGGACAGCCUGCAGCUGGCGAGUGUGAGUGAUGUGGUUGAGAUUGAUGCACCUUUGGGAACGAGAGAAAGAAGGGUACGGUUUGCCAUUGAUGGCGACAAUGAACAUGACAAUGACACUGAGAGUGUCACAGUUCAUCAUCAAAUGCAACAAGAGCUUGAAGAUCUCUAUGCUGGUCAAGAAUCUGGGAUAGCCUUCAUUCUUGGACACUCUCAUGUUAGAGCAAAGCCUGGAUCCUCAGUCUUCAAGAAGCUUGCUUUGAAUUAUGGAUACAAUUUCCUUAGAAGGAAUUGUAGAGGCCCUGAUGUGGCUCUUAAGGUUCCACCUGUUUCUCUUUUGGAGGUUGGCAUGGUUUACGUUCUGUAGAAUCUCCACAUUAUUAUCUACAUCAACUCUUCUUUUACUAUUAAACCCUAGUAUAUACAUAUAUGAUAUAUAAUUAUAAUUACGAAAUUAUUAGCUUAGUAUUA